UGCUGCUAUAACGACCUUGCAGAUUGAUUCUUGAGAAAUAUCUUUUUGAUUUUUUUAAUAUGAAAAAGAAAAAGAGAACAAAAGCUUUUUUUUUUUUUUUUUUUAUCAUUUGAGUACUAUUGAGCAUUUAUCAGAAUAUUUAAUUUAGGUAAUCUUUCAGCGCUAUUGACUCCUUUAACUUUAACCAAGGACAUCAUGAUCCAGACACGUGCUUUUACCAUAACAAGCUGUUCGGAAAAAAUGAGGACAAAAGAAAAGGCGAAAUCAAUGUCCUGGAUCAACUCCGGUUCUCGUUGUUAUGGGCUCAAGUAAUUUUCCAACUUUCCCAUUAACUUGCACCCAUUUCACAUUCCUGCUUUCCUGUUCAAUCACACCGAUCACAGUGAGAGAAACCGGUAAUAGUUAGCAUAUUCUUCUCCCUAGGCCAAAAGAAUCAGGUGUCCAGACAAAAAUGGGUGGUCAAUUGCUGUGGCUUCUUCUAGGAUUGACUAUCAUAACGACAGCAUCCGGGAGAAAGAGGAGCACUAGUGAAGAAUGCGACCCUGGUGACCUGAAGGGUCUCACCAGUUUCAAGGGUGGAAUCCGCAUGGACGCUUCUGGUCGGCUAGCAAAGUGGGUUGGCCAUAGUUGUUGCAAAUGGGAAGGUGUUUCCUGCAACAAUGCAACUGGUAGAGUAACAGAAAUUCAUCUGCCAGGAUUCAUUUCCACGGAUGAUUUCGUCUUUCAGUCCCAGAUGGAAGGUUGGCUAUCCCCAUCAAUCACAUUCCUCACCUCUCUUCAAGUCCUUGAUCUUGGGGGACUCACAGGCCUUACCGGAAAAAUCCCACCACUGAUUGGUCAUCUCCAGAACCUGAGAAAGCUCCACCUUUAUGGAAACAAGCUAAAAGGGUCUGUACCAGAAAGCAUCGGUAAGCUGUUAAAACUUGAAGAACUUCACCUGCAUGAGAAUAAAUUAUCUGGGUUUCUUCCUCCUAGCCUUGGUUGUCUUAAAAAUCUUAAUGCUUUACUUCUACAUUCAAAUAGAUUCACCGCUAGUAUUCCUGAUUCAUUCACGAACUUGACAAAUCUCAUCUAUUUGGAUCUUCAUAGCAAUUCCCUGACUGGUCAUAUACCAGAAAAUGUUGGUGAGUUGCAGCUUUUGAAGGAGCUUGAUCUUUCGGACAAUUUUUUGUGUGGGGAAAUUCCACCUUCAGUAAACAAUCUGACAACCAUUUCAGUCAUGUACUUGGAUAGUAAUCAUCUUGAGGGAGAAAUACCAUUUCCAUCAACUUUUCGUCAAAUGCCUUCGCUUGGCUUUUUAAGGCUGCAAAACAACCACCUAGGUGGAAGAAUACCACCCAAUUUCGGAUAUCUGGUCUCCCUCCAAAGGGUUUCUCUAGCAAAUAACAAGUUUGAGGGAGCAAUUCCCCCUAGUUUGGCUAAUCUAGAAGCCUUGACAGAGUUAUAUCUUAGCGGCAACAAGUUAUCUGGACUUGUACCAAAAUCAAUUGGUCAACUCUCUCAUCUCAUACUCUUAAGCAUUUCUCACAAUUUAAUUCAAGGACCAUUGCCUGAUGAAAUGUCUGCCCUCCAAAAUUUGCAAACACUGGAUCUCUCAUUCAACCUUUUAAAUCUCACCUCCAUUCCAACAUGGCUAGCAGAAUUGCCAUCUCUUUCCCGAUUAUAUUUGGCAGGAUGUGGAAUCAAAGGCCAAAUACCAGACUUCUUGCGAUCAACUCCAAGUCCAAUACAGGAACUGGACUUGUCGGUUAAUCAUCUCACUGGUGGCAUACCAGCAUGGAUUGGAAGCCUCACUCAGCUAUACUCCUUAAAUCUUUCAAGGAACUAUCUCGUUUCAAAUAUUCCAGAUUCAGUUGCUGACUUCCAGGAGUUAGGAGUGCUAGAUCUCCACUCAAACAAGAUAACAGGCUCCCUGGAUCAGGUUUUCAAGAUAGGAAACAGCUUUCCGGAUGGUUCAUUGACGUAUAUUGACGUAUCUGACAACAGUUUCACAACUGGAAUCGAGCAAAUUGGUGUAGGAACGCAGCAGAGAAUCGAGUAUCUCAAUUUAUCACAUAAUUUACUCGAGGGUCAGUUACCAACUUCUAUGGGGCAAUUGAAGGCAUUGCAAAGUUUGGAUUUGAGCUAUAAUAAGUUGGGUUUCAGCUUGGCAGAGGCCAUAGCAAAUCUAAGCAUUUUAGAGACUCUGAAGCUGCAGAGAAACCAUUUUACUGGUAAAAUACCAGUUGAGUUUUUGAACCUGAAAAACCUUAAGGACUUGGAUUUAUCAGAUAAUCUUUUGGUGGGGGAAAUUCCCGCUGGCAAACCUCUUAGUGACUUUCCCCAGAGUUCUUUCACUGGAAAUAAAGGUUUAUGUGGGAAGCCCCUUUCGCCCUGCAAGUCUUGAACUAGUUUUUCAUUCUCAGCAGAAACUACAGCAAUCAUAGAAGACAUGUAAUUGCUUCCCGAAAAUGUUUUAUCAUUUACAAAUAUUUAUUUCUAGGCAUGCCUCUGAUCUGUAAACACUGAUGCUACAGUGAAUAGAUUUCCCAUUGUGUUUCA